GACGACGCCGAGGAAUUACAACUUCCUGUUUCGUGAAGCGCUGAGUUGGGUUGUUGUUCGCUAGCUAACGUUAACUAGUAAGCUUGAACGUCCAACAGGACUGCAUAAUAACCCUCGUGUCCGAAUGUGCGUACAUUUUUAAGGACCAAAAGGUGCGACUUACUGCAUUCAGUGAAACAAUGUCGGACAGUCCGGAUUUUCCACCAAGCAUUGAGCAAAAUUUAGAGAUAGAAGGCUCUGUUGUGAUGAUGGAGGGACAGGAGGAUAGCAUGUUUAAUGACCAACAUUUCUAUUGUGAGAUGUGUCACCAGCACUUCAUUGACCAGUGUGAGGUUCAUGGUCCACCAUUAUUCACAUGUGACUCGCCAGCAGCUAUGGGCGUUCCUCAGAGAGCUCUGCUGACGCUGCCACAAGGCUUGGUUAUCGGUCGAUCGAGCAUCUCUAAUGCAGGACUUGGAGUUUUCAACCAAGGCAAGACUGUGCCUUUGGGGAUGCAUUUUGGACCUUUUGAUGGAGAGGUGACCUCUCAGGAAAAGGCAAUGGAUAGUGCCUUCUCUUGGGUUUACAGAGGCAAUAAUCAGUAUACUUACAUAGAUGCAGAAAGGGACACUCACUCUAACUGGAUGAAGUUUGUGGUGUGCUCAAGGAGUGAGACGGAGCAGAAUCUUGUUGCAUUCCAGCAAAAUGGACGUAUUCUGUUCCGUUGUUGUCGCCCUAUUAGCCCAGGGCAGGAAUUUAGAGUUUGGUAUGCUGAGGAAUAUGCUCAAGGACUUGGCGUCAUCUGGGAUAAGAUCUGGGAUAAAAAAUGCAUUUCUUUAGGAACAACUGAAGAACAGGCAAGUCUGAACUGUCUGUGUCCUUAUUGCCAUUACUCCUUCCCAGCCAUUUUUUAUCUGCAUGUUCAUGUGAAGCGCUCUCAUCCCGAUGAGUAUGCACACUUCAUGCAGACACAGCCGCUUGAGUCUGUAGACAUAGACCAGUGCCUUCCGCCCUCUGAUGAAGCUCCUUUAACCCAUACGGAGCCAGUAAUCAAAAGCUGUCAGGAUCAAAUUUCAACCCUAAAUGGACAACCCAUCCAUCACUCAGAAAAGUCAGACUGCGCUGAUUUGUCUGAUACGUGCAGUAAUGGUGUGAGUGGUCAGACAAGUCUCGAUGAAAUGAAUAAAUGUGGUGAAUGUGGCCGUAACUUUUUGAGAUCUUGUCAUCUGAAGAGACAUCAGCGCACUAUUCACUCCAAAGAGAAGCCUUAUUGCUGCAGCCAUUGUAGGAAAUAA